AUGGAUCGGGUAGAUGGGUAUAACAUCUACAUUGGCAGUAUCUUCGCGCUUCGAAACCAGGGAGGCCUGAAAGAGGCCAACAUAACGCACGUCAUCUCCGUCGUGGGACCAAGCGAAAGAUCUACUGCGAUUAGCAGCCUGCACGCAUACGAUAUCCGGGACCAUCUCAUCCUAGCUCUCUCUGACCGGGGAAACGAGAACAUCCUCCAACAUUUCCCGCCGGCAAAUCGGUUCAUCGACGAGGCCAUUGCCGAUGGCGGCGCCGUGUUGGUUCACUGUGGUCUGGGAGUAUCCCGGUCGGCAACUAUUGUGCUCGCGUACAUGCUUUUCCAGUCUCGUCCGAAGUUGAACCCUGGAGUUGCCCUGGUCGUGCUUCAGAGUAGCCGUGCUUGCUGCAAGCCGAAUCCGGGGUUUAUGGAGCAGCUGGGGCUAUACCAUCAGAUGGGAUGUCCUGACAGUGUCGACGACCAACCUAUCUACCAACAGUUCAUUGAGAGUCUCACGUUAGUCUAA